AUGAUCAUACAGGCGCCCAAAGAUGAAGUUGCAGACACUGAGGGUGAAAGCGCGACUACGCGCAAGAUCGAGGCCAUCCAGCGGAGCAUGGAACCUUAUCUGCUCUUUGAGACCGUCAGCGAGCUUCGAGAGUCCGCCAAGUCAGAAUGCCAUUUCUGCACAGCUCUAGCCACGCAUAUUGAUAGCAUGCCCGGGCGCUACCUCGAGGCGGAUUCCGCGGUCUACAUUGAAUGCAAGCCUCUCGAAGUACCGGAGAGCUUGAAAUUCAGCGCAUAUCUCAGCAGGAACAUAUUGGAGGAGCCGGACCUCGACAUUGAUGCCGAUUGGGGUUGGCCGCAAACUGUUAUAACGUUGCGGCAGCGAAACACAGAUUCUGACGGGGAAAUCAUGCUACCAUUGGCGUUCAGGAUUGAAGGACCAAGUGGGCACUGGCUCUCCAAAGAUGCUGGAGCCUAUGCUGCAGCGAUAGGACUACGACAGGUCUCACCUAUUGCUGGGGACGUUGGCACUCUACGUGUUGUACGCAAAUGGCUUCACGAAUGUAUGAAGAAUGAGGAAUGUUCAGCAUGGCCCAAGGAAGCAUUCAGACCAACACGAUUGAUCGAUGUUGGUGACGACCAAACGUCAACCACUAUGCGUUUGAUAGAGGGCCCAUGUAAACCGGAACCCACACAGCAGUACGUCGUCUUAAGCUAUUGUUGGGGCCAGGGAACCGGGCAACCAACCUGGAUCACUACUACAAGCAAUAUACAAUCGCGCAGGGAAGGUUUUUCACUGGAAAUAUUACCACGGACGAUCGCGGACGCGGUGACUGUUGCUCGUGCGGUUGGGAUCAGAUAUCUUUGGGUCGAUAGCCUCUGUAUUGUGCAGGAUGACCUUGAUGACUGGGCAAAGGAAUCUAGGCUUCUAAAAAGAGUUUAUACUGCUGCACAGUUUACUAUAGUUUCCGGCACAGAUAGUGCAACAAGUGGGCUAUUUAUACCACGAGAUGAGCUGAGAGUGAGCGCCGCUCAUAUGACCGCUAGCCCGGUGACAGACUCCGUCAAACCACAUCACGUCGCCCUGUUUCCACUGCGGACGACUUUUGGCAAGAUUCAUUGGGAGGGUCCGACGAGGAAGCGUGGUUGGUGUCUCCAAGAGGAACUCCUGUCUCCGCGUCGUCUCUAUUUCACACACUCGCAGUUUAUUUGGGAAUGUGUAUGUUCAAGCCACGAUGAGACAGGGACUUGGUCACCUGGAGGUGGGAAAGAUGACGAAGGCUACAUGAUUCCACCGUAUCCCACUGACAUUCUGACAUAUAGCUCCAAAGUCAUUGGAGAAUGGUAUAACAUCGUUGAGGAAUAUACUUCCCGAAGCUUGACCUACCACAAAGACGUAUUCGCGGCUUUGGCCGGUAUCGCUGCCGGGUUAAUGGACAAGUACGAGGAGACGUUUAUUGCUGGGCUCUGGGAAGAAGACAUCUUUACGGGGUUAUUGUGGCGAAGAACCGGUUACUCGCUGGAAAGACCUGCCGACUUCCAGGCUCCUAGCUGGUCAUGGCUCAGUGUCAAGGGACAAGUUUUGUUCAACCGAGGUGAUCGAACUGGCGUCACACCUGAUGCCGAACUCAUUGCUUCCCAUAUUGAGACCACGGACGAUGACAUGUUUGGGGAGGUUUUAUCAGGAUCACUUCAUAUAAAAGCACGACUUCUUAAGUGUCAAGUGACACAAGACGGUGUGGCAGAUGAACAGUACAAGCUACACAACACUGAUCAAGAUCUUCCUGUCAAGAUAACGCGACAAGAUCCGGACUCUGAAUAUGCUGUUCGAAGUAAAGCGUGGGAGGCUCCGAAACACGGCGUGCUCAUGCCUCCGGGCGGCCGCAUCGACUUGACAGCUUGUUUGAAGACAGGAAACUGCACUUUUGCGACAAUCUUCUUCGAUGGCGAAGAAGAAGCCAAGAUCGAGAAAGUACAAUGCGCGUAUAUUGGCGUAACCGAACGCCGCGAUGAUACAAAUGAUCGCAACGGGAUCGCACUCGUUCGCGUAGCUAGCGACAGCGUAAUCCCGCAAUAUCGAAGGGUCGGUUUUGUCGCUUUUUGGGAUAAGAUGAUCAAGGACGAUCUGGAAUCACUGCUUAACAUCGAACCAAUUGAAUUGAAAAUAGUGUGA